GGUAACAGCCAUACUAUAAGGAAGCAUGCUGGUUUGUAGUGUGGAACUCAUUGUAUGGGAUUAAACACACUGAGAAGUAAUGUUCUCACCGACAUGUGAACCCAGUGCUUUUAGUUUUGGGAGGAACCGUGAAGCUACGGAAGGGUGGUGCCUUCGAACAUGAUUGCCAAGUUGGAACUGAGUGGAUAAUGUGCAAAUCUCAAUCUUUGUAUCAUCUGAAACGAAUGUGGAGGUGCAAAUUCUUGCACAGUGAUUCCAUCUGUGUGCAUCUGCAUUUGUGGAUUUGAUAUUCUGAUUUCGUGUUCGAGGAUUCGUGGUUGCUGUGUAUCUUGUAAGACCUGUUUUACUGUGAUAUAAGUGCUGACAGUUGUUUGACGGCUUUGGAUUUGUAAAGGAAUAUCUUACAUUAACAUUGGAUUUACAAAGAUGUUUCGGAGUAAAGGAAAGAAAACUAAAUUGCCGUCCAAGAUACCGGGGAAGGUGACAAAAGCUUCCGAAGACAGACACAGAAGGGUUGAGCCCAAAGUACCGUCAGCCAGUCGGAGUAUUCAGGAGAAGGAGAACACCGAUUCCAGCAACCUGCUUGGGGCGGAACUGCGGUCUCUUCCACCCCCUGAACAGUAUGUUCACCAAGACCGCUCCCCCGGCGCUGAGACGACCAUGUCCGCACCGCCUGAGGAACGCAACAGCAUUGAGAGAGAACUGGUGUAUGUGACCGCCAAAAGUCGUCAGGGCAACCACACAGGUCAUCAUGGACGCAGACAGGUACCUCGCCGCCACACUGUGACGGCAUCGAAGACUGACCAGCAUGCCAUGGGCUAUCGAUCAGAGGGAGAAGAGGAACCAGAUCGUAAACGUGAACAGUUCAUGGCAGUUCUUGCACAGCGGUACCCUCAGUAUGCUGACAGAAUUAGUGGCUCUCAGUACAGUGGCUCGGGGAGUGAGAGUGGCUACCCAAUACAGCAGCAGCCACGGCAGCGUGAUCACCAGCGGCGGCGCACGACGAUCGUAACCUACAACCCCGAUCACAACCGGUCUAUGGAAUAUGACUCGGGUACGAUGUCCGACGUUGAUCUGCCCCCUAGCAGUUUCCAGCGGGGAGGCUUCACAAGGUCCAGCCUGCCGAUAGUGCGCAGCUCAUCCAGUACAUUUGACAGACCUAUAGGGUUGGUGUUUCUAAUAUUCCGCGAUGAGACCAAGAAAGCCUUGCUGCCCAAUGAGAUCACCAGCCUGGACACUGUCCGAGCCCUGUUUGUCAGGUCAUUCCCAGAGAAGCUGUCUAUGGAAUUUCUCGACUCACCGAAGAGAAAGAUUUAUGUUCUAGAACCCAAGUCCAAUAUAUACUUCCAGUUAGAAGAUCUCAGAGACAUCAAGGACCGGUCGCUACUGAAGAUCCAUGAGUGUGAGAGUAUUGAGCCCCAGAGAGUGAAGGAGUAUCCCCCAGCGCUACGUGGUCGUUCUGUUCAGGCCAAGUCUCAACAAGCUCCCCCUAAACCUGCCCGCGACCUUGAUGCUGUGGUUCGAGAAGAGUAUGCGAAGACGCGUAGUUUACCCGCACAGUUAACCAACCACUACCAAGAAAUCAUUGAUGACCAGCGUAUGUGGGAAGUUGAAAGAAGGUCAAGGUCACAUACACCAGAAGUAGAUCGGCCAAGGUCAUUAUCGGUAGGACCAGCCAGAACACGUGCCUCCCCGGAAAGAUUGCCGACGCCCGAGAGGGCUAUGCUAAGAACUAUUCCAGAACAUCAACAGAUGAGAAAUGGAUACCCUCCAUCAGUGAACGGUGGCAGUAACGGGAAUUACGAAACGUUGCCUGCAUAUCAGAGAGAUUUACGUGGUCAGGCGGCUUCUCCAACCGGCCCCCCACCUCACCGCCCCUUCUCACCCCCCGGGACCUCAUCCCACUACGAGCCAGUGUACGGAUACCACCAGCAGCCCGGGGCACCCCAGCCCCCUCAGACCUACGUCGCGCACAGUGUCCGCGCCCACACUGUCCACGCCCCUCAGAGAGCUACCGUCCCUCCAGUGGAACUACGAAACGGAACAAGAAACAAUAACCAAAACAGACACUCUCUCACUUUCGCACCAAUGUCAGGAGCUCAAGGUCAAGGUCAGGGUCAAGUUCCAAACCAGGAGCCGCCCUACCAGAGGUCGCAGAGUUACCGCGUGACCCCCGAGAGAGACACUGUGGUCCCGAGAGCACGAAGCCUCACCCCCCAACCGUCCGACUCAGACACCAAGUACAACGAACCAAUGUCCUCAUUAAGAUACAGAAACCGUAUAGACAAGAUGGAAGCACAGCUGGCAAGCCUGACUGCAUGGGUGCAUAAUACCGUCAAGGCAGACAGCCGGUCUAACAGUCUAGAGAGAAAUGGCGGCCAUUCCAGCAGUGCUGUGUCGACGUCCGACAGUUCGGAGACCUUCCCUGGUUCAACAGCCAGCACGUAUAACACAGAGCGGAAGGUGACAGUGACAGGCAUGUCAGACAUCCCCACGGCCUCCAGUCAGAGCGGGACGCUGACUGGCUCCGAGCUGCGAGACUCCGAUCUACGUGACUCCAUCCUGAACAUCCGGCAGAAGGCCUGCGAGCUGAAGGGGGAGUUGCGUGGUCUGCGUCGCAUGCAGCAGAUCAACAAGGAAGACAUGAUGGACACCAUUCAGAAGACCAUCGUCCAGCUCAAGGAUGUGCUGCGGACCAUUCCCGGUGCCAGCAGUCAGGUGGUCCGGCGCCAGAGGUCGGAGACCGACUCAGACAGACACACAUACAUCGAGGACAAGGCAAAGAUAGCUAAAGAGUUGACUGACCUUGAGUCUAGCGUGGAAGAGUUGCGAGCAGACGUCAUAUCCCGCCAGUGUCGAGUCAACAUGUCCGACGUAGAAGGAAUGGCUCUCAUACUGAGUAAUGUCACCAAGUCACUGGCUGAUCUCAAAGCGAGGUAUCCAGCCCUGCAGGAGCAGCUGAAGUUGGUGAUGGCAGGGGAGAUGGAGAUCGUGGUGCAGGAAGAGAAGUUUGUGUAUUCCAGGUUCCUGAAGGAAGAACCGGAGAAGCUAGAGAUAGACCUGAAGAGAUGCAAGAAGCUGACGGGGACGCUGUACACACUGAAACGACUGGCUUCAGUCCAGGAGCAUCGCCCGCCCCAGAUCCCACCCAUCGCCUCCAACCUGAAGGAAGUAGGUGAUGAAGACAGGAAGACUGUUCUAGAAAACAUCCGAGCCAUCGUCCCCAACCAUGACAGUCGUGUCGCGAAGAUUGAGGCAGCUGAGACAUCCCGGGAGAGAAAGAAAAAGAUCUCUACCAAGCAGGAAGCUCUCAAGAUGGGGAAAUCUCUAGAACUGGCAUCUCGAGCCCUGCGUCCGGCGUCAGAGAGUGAUGGGGAUGUGGACUUCAGGGACAGUGUGGACUGUGGGCCGAGGUCUGCACCUCCACAUGCAUCCAUGCCGCUGACGGAAACUACGGAGAAAAUCAGUAAUGUCGGCAUGAAAUGUGAAAGUGACGCAAAGAACACAACAGAUAAAUACGCAGCUAGAGCAGCCUUCUUCGGAGACAUGUCACCACCAAAAUCGCCGGAGAAGGAGGUGAACCCUUCAAGAAUGACAAUGGACUAUACUGUUAGGAUACCAUCUUCGAGUUUAACUUCUGGUGGGGGAUCCAAACCCAACAAUCUGAAUGAUACGUACAUUCUUAAGAGUGACAUCUCCCCCACACGAUCUCAGCUGAGCAUUCCACGAGUAUCUGGUAAGUCAUCCUCCCAGCCCACAUCCCCCAGCAGCAAGAAGGGAGAAAGUUCCGAUGGCAAACAGAGAAAGGUUCCUCCUCCGCCUCCUCCGAGGAAAAGCAGCCGUCUGCCAACAGCAAGUAUUUCCAGUAGUUCCAAUACAACCAAUGGCAAUGUUGUGUCUCCGGUUCACACUGUCUCUGUAAUCUCGCCAUCUCCAGACGAGUCCGAGGACAAAACAAAGAAUGCCAUAUAUCAUGAAGGUCAAGGUCGUGGGCCGGUAUCAUCCACACCAAAGCCUACACCUCCCAAAAAACCCACAUCUAAGUUUGAGAAGGAUCUCGUUGCGGGAAUAUAUGCAAAUAUGAAUCGUCCUGAUCUUCAAAGUCAGAAAGUGGCACCUGAGCGCAUAAUAAACAAAGCGAGCGUGGAAGAAGGAAAGAGAUUGUCUCGGGAAGAGCGAGGAAGCAGCAGCGAGAGCACGAGCUCUAGUGCAAGUCUGGACUCGCAACAAGGGGGCGUUGUGAUGAGGCGGACAUCAGCAGAUGUUGUCCGGCGGGAGAGUACCGGGGAGAGAAAGGUCAAGCCCCCGCCCCCAGAACGCCGAUCAAGUCUGCUUCAGAAGAAAGCAACAAGUCCAUCGGACGAGAAGAUAUUAGCACAGCAGAGGAUUCAGGAGGAACAGAAGAAGUUGGAGGAACUUGUUCGAGAAACAAACGAGAUGAUGAAGCGACAGAGUACAAUACAGACCACGGAGAAAACCAACAUGAAUGGGAUCAACUCGAAGGCUGGUGACAGAAAGUCUGGAGUGAACAGGUAGCUGGUGGCUUGAGUUGACAGAUGGUGCUAUAACUACAGAUGCAAAUACCACAAGUGGUUGCCUUCAUUUUGUGCCACUGACCUGCACUCCAGACUGGAGCUGACCAGACGGGUGGAGACUUGUGUGGUCAGUAACUUGACCAGAGCCCAUCCGAUGUGAGUUCCUGCGGGAACCCGGACUACGUCCCUUCAAGUGCCAACAACCCAAUACUUGUUUGGUUAUAAGGCAUAAAGGGAAGCAACUCUUGCCAUGUUGUGAAAAAGAUACAAUGUGAUACUGGAUACUUAGGGAGGAACACUGACCACAGCUUGUGAUGGACAAAACCAUGUCUGUGUGUGGAAGAAAUGGAUCCAAGGAUGUUCGUGUGAUUGUAACUUAAUCAGACCUCUGCAAAGAACUGCAUCGAUUUUCAACGGAUGAUUGAACUCGUCCAGAAACAUUCAAGUGAUUAUUGAUUCUGUUGUUAAAAUAAACUUGUCCUUGGAUGAAGAAGAAAGGAAGAGAAAGAAAAAGAUGAUUAUGGUGACCAUCUUUGAUACUUGGGACAAUGAUAUCAAUAUUGAUCAUGGAUAGUGCUGUGAUUAUUGUAUUUAAAUCCAUGGCAUUCAUGACUCUUGUGUGCGGUUGAAUGCAAUAUAGUGUGAAAGCAUUUCACUAGCAUUUUUGUAGAUAGGAGCUUGAUGGUGCAAUAAGUGAAGUAAUAAGGUUGGAGACAUUAGGAGAGAUCAAGGAACUCCAAUGGAACGCCGGUCAAACAGACUGACCUGCAAUAAUGUCCAGAAUCAAGAUGGACAUGCAGUGUGCUGUCCAUGGCUUGUGUUCAGCAGGCAUGGCUGCACCAGCAGAUGGCAUUGAGUGGACUCGGAACACUGUGAACGUAGACACAGGAGUGUGAGAGGAUUAUGUAUUGAUACCCUGUUGUGGCAGGAGUCUAGUGACAAGAGGGUCGUGUCAUGGGGCGACAGACACACAGCUGCAUGUGUAAUGAGGGGACAAUGUGGUUUGAUUCCGAUGGAGGAAACGAAGAAGUGAAACAUUUAUAUUGGUUCUGGAAUGGUGAAAGCUGUGUUGAGUAGUGGAACGUACUGGUCAUGAAUUGGUCAUUUGCUAGGUGCAUUUAAAGGAACUGAUUUCUUGGCAUUUAUUAUAAGCUUGAACUCAACCCUUGUUUAAGGGAGAAAUGUGUCUGAAUGCACCAAUACUCAGUGGGAACAGACAGAUAGUAUACAUGAUGAGGGCAUUGCUUUGUAUCGGAUGGUAUUGCAGUAAAUCGGAUUGUAUGGUUACAUAUCGUAUGGUAUAGCUACAUAUCGGAUGGUAAAGCUGGAUAUCAGAUGGUAUAGCUACAUAUCAGAUGGUAUAGCUACAUAUCUGAUAGUAUUCUAGUAUAUCGGAUGGUAAAGCUACAUAUCGGAUGGUAUAGCUACAUAUCGGAUGGUAAAGCUACAUAUCGGAUGGUAUAGCUACAUAUCAGAUGGUAUAGCUACAUAUCGGAUGGUAUUCCAGUAUAUCGGAUGGUAAAGCUACAUAUCGGAUGGCAUAGCUGCAUAUCGGAUGGUAAAGCUACAUAUCGGAUGGUAUAGCUGCAUAUCAGAUGGUAAAGCUACAUAUUGGAUGGUAUUCCAGUAUAUCGGAUGGUAAAGCUACAUAUCGGAUGGUAUAGCUGCAUAUCGGAUGGUAAAGCUACAUAUCGGAUGGUAUAGCUGCAUAUCGGAUGGUAAAGCUACAUAUCGGAUGGUAUAGCUGCAUAUCGGAUGGUAUUCCAGUAUAUCGGAUGGUAAAGCUACAUAUCAGAUGGUAUAGCUGUAUAUAGGAUGAUGGUAAGCUAUGCAUCUGAUGAUAGGGCUGCAUAUCCAAUGGUAUGCCUGCAUAUCUGAUAAGGGUAAAGCUAUGUCUUUGACGAGGGAAAUUAAAUUGAUCUGUUACAGUAGUUACACAAAGUUAUGCAAGGUGAUGGACCCAAAUGUUUCUAGACCCUCUCAUUGAAACCAAGAAUAUACCAGCAAUUAUGUUCUUGAACACGUUCCCAAUAACAUGUGUUGAUAUAUGUGCCGCGGAUACAAUAUACACGAUGAACGAACUGUGACACAAAGGAAUUUAUGAUAAUCCAGACUUUAGUAUUUAAUCAAAGGAGAAUUGUACCUAGAUGUCCUUGUGUGUCCUUGUAUUUGCCUCGCAGUGACAAAUGUUUGCUGGUGUGAGGAUUACAGUACGAAUCAGUCAGGGAUCAUUCAUUGCAGUUGUUUGGUGUUUAAUAUCAUGAAGUCGUGGUUUCACUCACGUUUUAGAAACUGUUAGGAAAACUUGGAUGCUGUUGUUGAACUGUGAGUUUCAGUCCAGUAUUGUUACCUGUAUUGUAUGUUACAAUUCGUCCAGACUGCUUUCAAACUCAUACCUCAUUCUUGUGAUUUUCAAUUCUACUUUACAAGUUUUGUGGUUCAACUGUUUUCAUUUUCUCGAGUGUGAAUUUCAAAGUUGAGAGUAGAUAUUGUCCAGUUGAAACAGUUUGGAUAUUUGAAGCAUUUAAUGGCAUAUCGUUUUUCCUUUCGAGUAUUUAAUUUGAAAAGUCACCUUGUAUACUUUUCCGGGUUUUGUCUGUUAAACUAUAAGCUGAUUGUUGCAUGUACAUACUUAGAUUUUUUAUGACUGUAGUGUCAACAGUUUAGACCAGGUGCAAUACAAUGGAAUUGUGUAGAGACUUUUCAUCGACCGUCACCAGAUAACAAGCUUUUCAGAUUUUUUUCAAGUAGAUUUUUUUGUUGCAUUGUAUGUUAAUCAAGUGAACUUUGGUUGUGAGAUUUGGAUAUUUCCACAUAUUCUGAUAUGAAGAUCCGUGGAAAUAGGACAAUAUGCAAGAAUAUAUGGACUUCGGCAGCCAUCUUUGUUUUCAUGUUGCUGGUAACAAAUCGCCAUUAUGCUUGUUUAUGCCACCAGUAUUUUCCAUGAUUUUAGAAAAAUGGACCAGGCAAAACAUAUUUAUUCAAAAACAAAUUAUAUUUUUAUUGGGGUUCAAAUGUAAAAUGUGGGGUAUUAACUUAUUUUCAAGCUUUUUCACUAAUUCCUCAUUAAUUUGAAAUUAACAAUCUUGCUUGGAAACGACUUGAAAACUAACAUUCCAUCCUGCUAUUCAGUGACUAUGCAAGCUCGCUGCAAAAAGUAUGUCAUCUUAAACUGCCUUAGGUUGAAAUCUGAGAUGGAAAGUGGUAUGUUCUGUAGAAAGUCAUGCAGGACUGAAUAAACGAUUAUCACAUA